UGAGCAAAGGGUCAGGCUGCCCUCUGCAGCAAGCGCUUGUAGCGAAACUGGAGCAGCGGCGGAGAAACGUUUAUCGAUCGCGUUGUCGGUAAACCACAAGAUACGAUGGAGUUUGGGACUAUGUGGUGCGUGCUCCUGUUCAGCUGUCUUCUUCGCGACUGCUCCACCCACAAUGACUUCUUCACAUCCAUAGGCCAGAUGAUGGACCUGCUGUUUACAGAGAAGGACUUGGUGAAGUCCCUGAAAGACUACAUCAAAGCGGAAGAGAGCAAACUGGAGCAGGUUAAACGGUGGGCUGAGAAGCUGGACGAGCUGACUGCCACGGCUACACAGGACCCCGAGGGCUUCCUGGGCCACCCCGUCAAUGCCUUCAAACUGAUGAAGAGGCUGAACACUGAAUGGAGCGAAGUGGAAGACCUUGUUUUGCGAGACAUGUCUGACGGCUUCAUCUCCAACCUGACCAUUCAGCGUCAGCAUUUCCCAAGUGAGGAAGAUCAGACAGGGGCGGCCAAAGCUCUGCUCAGGCUCCAGGACACCUACAAACUGGAUACACAAACCAUCUCCACCGGAGACCUUCCUGGGGUGUCCACAGAUUUGCCUUAUAAAAGUACUUUGAUGCCGGAGGACUGUUUUGAGCUGGGAAAGACCGCGUACUCUGAGAUGGACUACUACCACACGGAACUUUGGAUGGCACAGGCUCUCAGGCAGCUGGACGAGGGCCAGGUGUCCAGCUUGGAUGCAGUGACAGUCCUGGACUACCUCAGCUACUCAGUUUACCAGCAGGGUGGGCUGGAGAGAGCCCUGGAGUAUACCAAAAGGCUGCUAACACUGGACCCAGACCACAAGAGAGCUUCCGGUAACCUGAAGUACUUCGAAUACCAGCUGGCCAAGCAGAUGAAGGCGGCGAUAGAGCCGAAGAGACUGCAGGAGGUGGCGAAGGAGGGAGAAAAACGAGAGAGUGAAAGAACGACAGAAUACCUUCCGGAGAAGAGGAAGUAUGAGCAGCUAUGCCGGGGAGAAGGAAUCAAACUGACCCCACGCAGACAGAGCCGGUUUUUCUGCCGUUACUACGACAACAACAGGCACCCGUACUACAUCCUGGGCCCGGUGAAGCAGGAGGACGAGUGGGACCGACCACGCAUCAUCCGUUACCAUGACGUCAUCAGCGAGAGAGAGAUGGAGAAGAUAAAGGAACUGGCCAAGCCCAGGCUGCGCCGAGCCACCAUUUCCAACCCUGUCACUGGUGUGCUGGAGACUGCCCACUAUCGCAUCAGCAAGAGACGUGCCACCGUGCAUGACCCCCAAACGGGGAAACUCACCACAGCCCAGUACAGAGUCUCCAAGAGUGCCUGGUUAGCAGCCUAUGAGCACCCAGUGGUGGAUCGCAUCAAUCAGAGAAUCGAAGACAUCACAGGUCUCGACGUCAAAACAGCAGAGGAGUUACAGGUGGCUAAUUAUGGUGUAGGAGGCCAGUACGAACCACAUUUUGACUUUGGACGGAAAGAUGAGCCAGAUGCCUUUAAAGAGCUGGGCACAGGGAACCGCAUCGCAACCUGGCUGUUCUACAUGAGUGACAUAACAGCAGGGGGCGCCACUGUCUUCCCAGAAGUAGGCGCUUCAGUAAGGCCAAAAAAGGGCACCGCCGUGUUCUGGUAUAACCUGUUCCCCAGCGGGGAGGGUGACUACAGCACGAGGCAUGCAGCCUGCCCGGUGCUCGUAGGCAACAAGUGGGUGUCAAAUAAGUGGAUCCAUGAGAGGGGCCAGGAGUUCCGGAGGCCAUGUGGCCUGCGGGAGACGGAUUGAUGGCGCUACUUGCUCACUCCCCUCAUCUUCCUCGCCCAUUCCCUCUCUCGGACUCAGCGGGCGGAGCGCUUCAAGGUGCUCUUGGUACCCCAGUGGGUUCCCCUUAACAGCCAACAUGCAUCUCCCACAUUAUAUUUUUAUUCGAGGUGUGUGUGUGUGUGUGUGUGUGUGUGUGUGUGUGUGUGUGUGUGUGCGUGCGCGCACGUGGUUGCGCUUGUGAAUGCCGCUAGUGCCUUUCAUUGUAGCACCCAACAGCUGCGUCCGUCUGCAGAGGGGAAAGCAUGUCCCCUUCACCACACUCCAAUCCACCCAGCUCCCUAAUACUUCCACAGAACUCUCAGACCUUGGAAAGCAGGCCUGCACGCAAAAACACACAGAACCCGCUCACAUCAGCUGGCACUGAGUCUGGAGCAGUGCCUUGCCAGUUGUGUGUGUGUGUGUGUGUGUGUGUGUUUGUGCGUGAUGUAAUGACUAGGUCAUGAUAAACCUGCAGAAACGCUGACGCGACAGUCGAGGCUUAUGGGCCUACGUGGUGGGUCUCGCAAGGCUCUGUACCCACCACUCACGGCCUCAUUCUUGCACACACCCACCCACACACCCCUUUAGAAAGCCAGGACACUGAGAUCCAAUUUCAGCAUGAAGGCCAUUCACACAGUGACAAACAGUCCAACAGCGAUAUUUGAAGCCAAAGUACAUGAUGUGGUCCAUAUCUCUCGUCAGUAGAGGUGCAAAAGAAUAGGACGCAUAUGGAUCCCUCUCUCAGGGAAAUGGAGGUAGUGCAAAUGCUAACAUUGGGUUAAAUAAAGUAAGGACCUGACCCCUUUCCCAUAGCUAUACCACCUGACCUGUCAACAUGACCUCAUUCACACAGAGCUAUACUAAAUGACCCUUGCUAGUUCUCAUGCAUCAUUAGGUACACAAGUGGUCGUCAAAUUAUUCCGCUGUCAAUCAAAGUGCACUGCAAGGGUUUCACAGUAGGUUUGGAGAGAUAAUGUUGGCAAAAAGACGUCCUUUGAGGUUUUAAGAGUAACAAUUUUAAGACCUUUGGUUUUAACUCUGUAGUGUAGAUUCACCUAAAAUGUGUCUUACGUCCUCUUGGCCUUGUUGAAACCCCCAUUACCUGUUCUGUGGUGGUUUUUUUAAAUACAUUUUCCAACAUGCAGUACAUUGCUGUGUGCCAAGAUUUAUGAUCAUAUAUUUUGUAAAUGUGAACAUUAUUUUUUCUACAGAAAUAAAUCAGCUCAAACCUU